AUGCGCCCUCGCGCGCUCGCGUGCAGCGGCGCUGCCUCCCCUCCCUGCGCACUCCCCGCCCCUCCCCUUCAAAGCCGCUGCCUCCGCCGCGCGCCGCCGGCCGAGCCGCGCUGCUCACGCCGCCAGUGCGUCCCAGCGCGCCGGCUCGCUCGCCCGCCGCCCGCCCGCUGCCCGGUUGACGGCUGCCCCUGCGCCGAGAGGCAUGCCGCUCGCGAUCGCGAUCGUCCGUUGUUGCUGCCGCCGGCGCCGCGCGUGAGACUUCGGAGCUGCCCCUGCCCUAGGGCUGCACUGCGACGCGCUCUCCGUAAAUUGAAAGGUAGGCAGAAAAAUACCAUUUCUUAUUUAAUUAGUUUUUUAUUUGAAAAUUGGUUUUAA